CGAGUAGCUUCUCACCCGUCUCUCCCUCUGCCCCUCCGCAAAAUGUCCCUAGCACCAACGCCUUUGAGCAAACCGGUACUGGGCAGGAUGACCUCUUCGGUGAUGUUGUCCCCGUCUACGGCUCGAUGCGAGUACGUUCAGACGAUGACCUAUUCAGCGAGGACUUCACUCCGGUUGCGCAAUCUGUCCUUGAGCAACCGCAGCUAAUGCCAUUCCGCUCUAAAAGAGAAGGUCCAAGAGGCAGAAGAAAUGCGGGUGGAAGAGCGCGAGCCGAAGGAACCUACUCUGUCCGCGGACAGCAUAACGAUGUAGCUGGGUCCGCCGCUGGGCCCGCCAAUGGUAACACGGAAUCAUUGCCUCGAGCAGCGCCACCAGAGAACGCACCUACGGGUCCGCGUAAGGACACUGUCGGAGCUGUGCGCGGUGACAGGCAUGCAACAGGUGGUCUCCGCAAGCCAAAGCUCACCGAAGACGAGCUUGCGGAGAAAAUGGCGCGCAUCACGCUACGCAACGAGGAGCUCAGUGCCGCACAUGCUCGCGCUGAAGCAGAUGCAGCAUCCUUUGCGGAGCGUGAAGCGCAGGCAAAGCACGUUUCAGCGCAGAGGCAGCGUGAGGAGCGUCGAGACAGGCAACAGAUGAUGGGUGAACGGGAGCGGAACCGAAUGCGGAAGCUAAAGGCUAUGGAGGGCAGAGAGUGGGAUGCAGAGAAGCGUGAAGACGACUUCCAACGUGGCGGACGCUUCGACAAAGCAGGUGGCUUUGCUGGAGACACUCAAGACUACAGUGACGGCCGAGAGUACUCGUACCGCGAACCCAGAGGCGGCCAAUCGUCCCGCGCCGGACGAAGAGUUGGCGAUGUGGCAGCAAGAGCUCAGACUGCACCGCAGAAAGAGGACUUUCCCGCGUUAUUGGCAGCACCCAAGACCCCGGCCGUUGCGAAAGAUGCGAGUGCUAGUGCACAAGCAACACUGAGUACAAGCGGAGAUGUAGCAUCGUGGGCGGAUCAGGUCGAGUCGUCGACCACGUAAAUGUGCGUCACCCAACAAGAACACUCAUUGAUACGGUCACCGGUGUGCAUCGAAUCGUCGCUCGCUCUCAAAGCGAUUGAAUUCAUACAGAGAUGAGGACACACGGAAGAUUUCGACGUGGAGGCAGACAAUGUCGUCUCGAUUCCGAAGAAACGGCAAUUGUUGCAGGAUACCAAGCAUGACUCGUGGCGGGGUC